ACUCUCGGCAGACACCAGUUGACGUUCCUGCCGCGCCAUCUUUAGAAAACAGUGGGCUCUUAACUGAAUGAAAUCACGCGCUUCGCCGCUUGUGAGAGCUCCUCGGCGUAUGGACUGAAACCCCUCCUGUUUCUCCAGGUGUUAAGGGAGGAAUCAUGGGGAUCAAGGUUCGCCCUCGAUGCUUCUUUGACGUCGGGAUCAGUAAUGUUCUAGUUGGCAGGAUUGUGGUGGAGUUAUUUUCAGACAUCUGCCCCAAAACCUGUGAGAACUUCAGAUGCCUCUGCACAGGCGAGAAAGGCAUAGGGAAAGGAACUCAGAAGCCCCUGCACUACAAGGGAUGCCUUUUCCAUCGAGUUGUGAAAGACUUCAUGAUCCAGGGAGGAGACUUCAGCGAAGGGAAUGGAAGAGGGGGUGAAUCCAUCUAUGGAGGCUUUUUUGAAGAUGAAAGCUUUGCUGUCAAACACAACAAAGAGUAUCUGCUGUCCAUGGCCAACAGGGGCAAAGAUACAAAUGGGUCACAGUUUUUCAUAACAACGAAACCUGCACCUCAUUUGGAUGGUGUCCAUGUGGUUUUUGGUCAAGUCAUUUCUGGCCAAGAAGUCAUUCAAACGAUGGAGAACCAGAAAAUCGAUCCCAACAGCCGGCCGUACGCUGAGGUGAAGAUUCUGAACUGCGGAGAGCUAGUCCCGAAAACGAAAGGGAAGAAAGCUUCUAAAAAGAAAGAUAAAACCUCAACCAAGUCCAGCGGCAGCUCGUCUGAUUCUGAAAGCUCCUCUGCGUCUUCCUCCGGUUCAGAAGAGUCAGAAAAAGAAUCGAAGAAGCGGAAGAAGGAGAAAAAGCAAAAAAAGAAGCAGAAGAAGGAAAAGAAAGAAAAGAUAAAGUCCGGUGUAGAAAGCGCUGAAGAGAAGGAGCAAGAAGACGAGGUCACCUCCACUGUACGGCCCGAAGAAAUCCCCCCCAUCCCAGAGAACCGGUUCCUCAUGAGGAGAAGUCCUCAGCCGGCCGAGAAGUCAAACAAAGAGGAAGAAAAGGACCCGAGGAAGAAAGAUGACAGAUCCAGACAGAAUGCCGGCCUGUAUAAUUCUCAGUCAGCCUAUCAGAGGAGGUUCCUGGUUACCACUCGAUCAGGGAGGAAGAUAAAAGGGAGGGGGCCGAGGAGGUACCGAACUCCAUCACGUUCUCGUUCGAGGUCCAGAGAUCGAUAUCGCCGAAGCGAAACUCCUCCACACUGGCGCCAGGAGAUGCAGCGUCAGAGGAUGAGGGCCGUCACCCGAGAGCGGUGGAUUAAGGGCGACAAAAGUGACUUCAAUGACACCAAGGAUGAAGAAACAAACGCUCCAAAGCGAGAGAGAAGGACCUCCGACGCAAAAGACGAACAUGCGGCCGAGGGCAAAAAGGAAAGGAAGCCUCGGUCUCACAGGUCUAAAAGCAAAGAGGGCGGUACGGUGGAAAAGGACGAGCAGCACAGCAAGCACAAAGCAAAGAAAAAGGACAAGUCUCACAGUCGCAGCGGAAGCAGAGAAAAGGGCCGACGGUCAAAAAGCAGAGAGAAGGCCAGCAAGCAUAAAAGCGGCGACAGGAGAGGGCGCUCCAGGAGCAAAGAAGGCGGUAAGAAAGAAAAAGAGACGGAACGUGAAACCAGUAAAGGCAAGGAAUCCGACACGAAGCAUAAAGACGAGGACGAAGGGAAAAAACAGGAGAAAAGCAGGACAAAAUCACCAAGCAGGGAGAGAUCAUCCAGGAAGGAGGAGCGAAGAUCCAGCAGCAGAACCAGGGACAAAGGCGGCCGAGCAUCAUCCAAAGAGCGAGACGAGAAAACGGAGAAGGACAGGGCCAGAAAACGAAGCAGGAGCAAGGAGAGGGAGAGACGGAGGAGAGGGACCUCCAGGGAGAAGGACAGGCGGUCCAGAAGUCCUGACAGGAGCAAGGCCCGAGACUCUCACAGAGGCAGGCGCUCUAGAAGCAGAAGCCGCAGGAGAGAGCGAUCUUCUCAGAGACGGGACAGAAACAGAGACUCCUCCAACCGAAGACGGCGGCGCAGCAGCAGUAGCAGCAGCAGCAGCAGCAGCUCCGACAGCGACAGAGGAGGAAGAAGGAAGGGACGCAAGAGUCCAGAUUCCUCCAGGAGAAAUAGAUCCAGAGACAAGAGAAGCCCGGCCAGACCAGAUAGUACAAAAGAUCGCAAGAAAAAUCGGUCCAGCUCCAGCUCUAGCUCCGACAGCGACUGAUUACCCACAAUCUGCCUCCAUCUGCAGGUACAUUCAAGUCCUCGGUUCCUCCAGAGCUCCUGUCCAAACUGGUUAAAAAAAGGGCCGCUUUAUAGAAACUGGAGCAGAUGGAUGUCGAGGAAUAAUAAAUAAAAUAAAAACUGAAUGGAGGAAGAAACUAACACAUAAUUUCCCAAAUGUAUAACUACAAACCCUAAUGCUAGCUGGACAGGAAGAGAGAAAUCGGUCAUGGGUGUAAUCAUGGAGAACGUCAGAGGAACCUGUGAGGCCAGCAUGGAGAGAAUUACCUGGAGCUGACGUUUAAAUGUGAACCGUAGAGCGGGACGAGCAGCUACCGAGUCUCAUUUCUGUCUUACGUGACCCCAGCAGCUCAGACGGCUGCUUCUUUUAAAGAUUUGAUCAUUUUUAGUUUGCUUUCCCAGAAUCCCUGGUAUCAGUUUGUUUAGUUAACUUUACUGCAGCCUCCAUACAUUUUUACAAAGCAAAGGGUCUGGAAAUGAUUUUUUUUUUUUUUUCUUGCAUGCUUAUCCCUGUUUGAUUUGUUUAAAAAAAAAAAAAAAAAGACGACACUUGUUUCUUUUUUACAUAACCAAACGUUUACUGUAAUCUGGUCGACUUUAUUUAGAGCGAUUCUUGCUGUGAAAUACAGGCGUCUUCUGUCAACUCUGUACAAAGUUUUGGUUGGAAACAUGUGGGAGUGUUGAUUAAAAUAAAAAGCCUAAUUGUAUUGUUUUUUUCUUUUCUUUUGUAAUAUUCUGGAAAUGUUGAGACCAAAACAUCACUUCAAAUCAAAAUUACAGUAAUAUUAAAAAAACUUGACGUUAA